GUCAGCCAUCACCAUAUUUCCACAGAGGACUGACGGCAAGCACGAUUUCCGAGUCUGGAACUCCCAGCUCAUCCGCUACGCCGGCUACAAGCAGCCCGACGGCACCAUCCUCGGGGACCCAGCCAAUGUGGAAUUCACAGAGGUGUGUGCCCCCCUGGCCCUCGCCUGGGCUCUCAGUCCCCCAAACUGGCUUUAUCCACAGUCAUUUCUUACUUUAAUUCUGCCUGAGAGACUCCUGCCCCGUGGCGAGCUGGGCCGUGUCGCUCUCCGCAGGUUUGAGUGGUUCAAGGAUCUGGGCCUGAAGUGGUACGGCCUCCCUGCUGUGUCCAACAUGCUGCUGGAGAUUGGCGGCCUGGAGUUCAGCGCCUGCCCCUUCAGCGGCUGGUACAUGGGCACGGAGAUCGGCGUCCGCGACUACUGUGACAACUCCCGAUAUAACAUCCUGGAGGAAGUGGCCAAGAAGAUGAACUUGGACAUGAGGAAGACGUCCUCCCUGUGGAAGGACCAGGCGCUGGUGGAAAUCAACAUUGCUGUUCUCUACAGCUUCCAGAGUGACAAAGUGACCAUCGUUGACCACCACUCUGCCACCGAGUCCUUCAUUAAGCACAUGGAGAAUGAAUACCGCUGCCGGGGGGGCUGCCCCGCAGAUUGGGUGUGGAUUGUGCCCCCCAUGUCUGGCAGCAUCACCCCGGUCUUCCACCAGGAGAUGCUCAACUACCGGCUCACCCCCUCCUUCGAAUACCAGCCUGAGCCUUGGAACACCCACGUCUGGAAGGGUACCAAUGGGACCCCCACAAAGCGGCGAGCCAUCGGCUUCAAGAAGCUGGCAGAAGCUGUCAAGUUCUCGGCCAAGCUCAUGGGGCAGGCAAUGGCCAAGAGGGUCAAGGCAACCAUCCUUUAUGCCACAGAGACAGGCAAGUCGCAGGCCUAUGCUAAAACCUUGUGCGAGAUCUUCAAACACGCCUUCGAUGCCAAGGUGAUGUCCAUGGAAGAAUAUGACAUUGUACAUCUGGAACAUGAAACUCUGGUCCUGGUGGUUACCAGCACUUUUGGCAAUGGAGACCCCCCUGAGAAUGGGGAGAAAUUCAGCUGUGCUUUGAUGGAAAUGAGGCACCCCAACUCUAUGCACGAAGAAAGGAAGUACCCGGAACGCUUGCGUUUCUUUCCCCGUAAAGGGCCUCCCCUCCCCCAAGGUGACCCAGGAGUCCGCGGUCUGGCUGCAGCCCGUGACAGCCAGCAGAGGAGCUACAAGGUCCGAUUCAAUAGCGUUUCCUCAUAUUCUGACUCCCAUAAAUCAUCGGGCGAUGGGCCAGACCUCAGAGACAACUUUGAGAGUGCCGGACCCCUGGCAAACGUGAGGUUCUCUGUCUUUGGCCUUGGCUCCCGGGCUUACCCUCAUUUCUGCGCCUUUGGACAUGCUGUGGACACCCUCUUGGAGGAGCUGGGAGGAGAGAGGAUCCUGAAGAUGAGGGAAGGGGAUGAGCUCUGUGGGCAAGAAGAGGCUUUCAGGACCUGGGCCAAGAAGGUCUUUAAGGCAGCCUGUGAUGUGUUCUGCGUGGGAGAUGAUGUCAACAUUGAGAAGGCCAACAACUCCCUCAUCAGCAAUGACCGCAGCUGGAAAAGGAACAAGUUCCGUCUCACCUACAUGGCCGAAGCUCCAGAGCUUACGCAAGGUCUCUCCAAUGUCCACAAAAAGCGGGUCUCAGCUGCUCGACUCCUCAGCCGUCAAAACCUUCAGAGCCCUAAAUCCAGAUGUUCUGAUGCCCUCCCUGGAAAUGUGUACCCGGAGCAGGGUGCAAGUUCUGCAUCCCUCUCCUUGGCACAGGGUUUGCAGGAGUACGAAGAAUGGAAGUGGGGCAAGAACCCCACCAUCGUGGAGGUGCUGGAGGAGUUCCCAUCCAUCCAGAUGCCCUCUACCCUGCUCCUGACCCAGCUGUCCCUGCUGCAGCCCCGUUACUACUCCAUCAGCUCCUCCCCAGACAUGUACCCCGACGAGGUGCACCUCACCGUGGCCGUUGUGUCCUACCGCACCCGAGAUGGAGAAGGACCAAUUCACCACGGUGUGUGCUCCUCCUGGCUCAACCAGAUACAGGCUGACGAAGUGGUCCCGUGUUUCGUGAGAGGAGCACCCAGCUUCCACCUGCCCCGAAACCCCCAAGUGCCCUGCAUCCUCAUUGGCCCAGGCACCGGCAUUGCCCCUUUCCGAAGUUUCUGGCAGCAGCGGCAAUUUGAUAUCCAACACAAAGGAAUGAGCCCCUGCCCCAUGGUCCUGGUGUUCGGGUGCCGGCAAUCCAAGAUAGACCACAUCUACAGGGAGGAGACUCUACAAGCCAAGAACAAGGGGGUCUUCAGAGAACUGUACACGGCCUACUCCCGGGAGCCAGACAAACCAAAGAAGUACGUGCAGGACAUCCUGCAAGAGCAUUUGGCAGAAUCAGUGUACCGAGCCCUGAAGGAGCAAGGGGGCCACAUCUAUGUCUGUGGGGACGUCACCAUGGCCGCCGAUGUCCUCAAAGCCAUCCAGCGCAUCAUGACCCAGCAGGGGAAACUCUCAGCGGAGGAUGCAGGCGUGUUCAUCAGCAGGCUGAGGGAUGACAACCGGUACCAUGAGGAUAUUUUCGGGGUCACCCUGCGAACGUAUGAAGUGACCAACCGCCUUAGAUCUGAAUCCAUUGCCUUCAUUGAGGAGAGCAAAAAAGACACCGAUGAGGUUUUCAGCUCCUAACUGGAUCCUCUUGCCCAGACGGAUGGCAGGGGGGCCAUCCCAUGUGCCCCGGUGGGGCAGCUGCAGGUUUUAUAAGCGUGGACACUGCUGAACCUUCCCUCCGGGACCCCGCGUGGCCCCCGCUGUCCCUCUCGUCCUGUCGCUGUGGUUUUUCCUCUUCUGGGUCCUCGCCCCUCGGUGGUUUCCUUGGCCCUCUUGGGUUUUCUCCUUGAGUUGUCCUGCUGCAAUGCAAUGCCUUUAUAAUCCACAGUGGCUCUUACAAAACUGUUUCCCCCUCUCUCUCUUCCCGACAAGGGCAGAUUACCAGUGCAUGACAUCACUGGAACGUGGCAGUUGCUCUGGGGUCCCCCUGGAGAGGCUGCAGGGACCAGUCAGGAGGGUCUGAGCCAGUCUCUCUGCUGCUGAAGCCCCCCCUUCUCCUUUUUUAUGAUGAUGUCCUGGUGGGGUGUGUGUGUGUGUGUGCACGUGCGUGCAUGUGUGGGACAGGCCUGGGUCUCCAUCUGUCCUCUUGCCUGGACAAGCGUGUGGCCUGCAGACUUUCAGUGCCAAGAACCGUACCCUGGUUCUCCACGCGUCCAUAAUUUUCUGUCUGUGCUCAUGUCCCUGAAACACUUGGAGUCACCCUCGUUGUCCUGGUUACAAAGGGCAGGGGAGAAGCGAGUGUGAUGAUUAAGGGGGAAGGCUCCGUCAAAAAGGGGCUCACAGAACUGGUCGCAUUUAGAUUCUGGUACUAGUUAGCGGAGCCCUCCCUGGGAAACUAACCCAUCUCGUGGAUUAAGCACACCUCCUCACCAACCCUACCCCCCGCCCCACCCCAGACAGGAUCACCUGAUUUGGCCCUCCCUGGACCAUCGCACCCACAAGACGGGGAGGUAAUGUCCCAGGGAGUAUGCGGGAAAUAAGAAUCUUCCCAUCUUUACCCCCCGGUGACUUUGGGCAAGUUACUUGUCCACCGUUCCCCCUUGUAAUGUUAUGAAGCAAAAAAAGGAUGCAUAGAUCAGCCUUUAAAGUGGUAGAGACUGGAAACAGUAUCAAGGAAGAAUAUCGCUAUUUUUUUUAUUGCCCCAAAUGGGGCUGGCCCUUCCACCCUAGGAAGGAAAUAACAGAAGGCCGGUAAAUCGGGUAGGUUGGAGAGGAAAGCCAUAAUGAGGCGCCACACGGCUUCCUCCACAGGACCACAACCUAGGGUGGCCUGGCCCUCAUGCUCCUGGCCUUCUAAAAGUGAUCCCCCAAGUUUCCAGCCUGAUAAAAUAAUUUUGACAAAUGAACCUUGACUCCUAUCAAAAAUGGGCAGUGCAGUCUUCAGUGGGAAUCAGGGUCAGUACACUACCCCCACCACCCCGCUUCCCCCCCACAGCAGGCAACCUACUGUGCCCACCCAGUCAGGAUGAAUGGGCUGGGAGGGCCCCCCUCUCCCCAGAAGUGCUCAAAAUCAGGGGCAGGCCUGGAGAGAGCCAAGAAAUUGCUAGAGGGGCCUGCCCUGGGCCCCCCCACCCAGGUUGGAGGGGAAGACUUCUGCAAGUGGGUUCUUCUGUUUUGUUGUGUUAUGCUUUGUCAUCCAGAGAGAAAGCAUCACCUUUCUGUACGGCACAAUGGGUAUUUCUUGAUGCUCCGUUUGGGGGGCUGCCAAAGAGAAAGUACCCUGGCCCUCUCUGGGAGGGCCUUAGUUCACGGGGUGCCAAAGAGGUGUCCCCAGGAAGGGGAUUCUUAAAGGCAAAAGGCAAACUGGACCUCACUUUUCUCCACCCUCCACGGCAGCCCCCCUCCUCUGGGGUCCCAUCUCCCCUGAGUGCAGAGCUGGGCUGCCUCCAGUUACCACCUCCCCACCUUCCUUUAAUCCUGUGUCCUUUGGCUGGGGCUUCCACAGCAAGGAGACCAAGCACAAGCCCUUGGCGGGCUACCCCCUUCCC